AUGAGGCCACCUCAGCCCAGCAUGUUCCAGCUGCCGGCCCAGCCGCUCUUCCCAGCAGCUGCCGCCACAGCGCCGCCGGCUGGAGCGCCGCCGGCUGCCUCGCCGGCGGCGCCAGCAGGGCAGCAUUACUCGCCUAUCGUGGACCGCGGUGGCCGCAGGCGCCGCAGCCGCAGCAGCAGUGGGGGCAGGCGGCACCGCAGCCGCAGCAGCUCCAGCAGCCGCAGCCGCAGCAGGCAGCGGCAGCGCAAGAAGACGCCGGUGCCCCGCUGGAAUGUGCCCGCGCCAGAGGCGCCGCCCGCCAAGCCCGCGCCGCCAUCCCCCAGGCCGGCACGUGCGGGCAGCCCCAGCAGCGGUGGCAACCUGCAGGAGCAGCUGCGCCGGGCGGCUGCAGAGGCGCUGGCCAGGCACCGCGCGGCCCAGAAGGCGCAGGAGGGCGGGGCGCAGCGGGAGGCGCAUGUGGAGAGCCGGGCGUCGCAGCACGAGGCUGCCGGCGCCCAGGAUGAGCUGGCUGGGUACGACCCCGACCACUUUGACUGGGAUGCAUAUCUGAACGAGGGUGGCGAGGGGCAGGAGGCGGAGCAGCAGGAGCAGGAGGAGGCGGGCGUGGCGGCAGGCGCGGCGGAGCCGCAUGGCGCGCAGCCCGGGGAGGCGGAGGACAGCGGGCGUGGCCACAAGCACCAGCGGAGCAAAAAGGAGAGGCACCAUCGCAAGAAGCACAAGAAGGAGAAGAAGCGGCACAGCCACAGCCGCAGCCGCUCGCGGUCCGCCUCCCCGGCCGAUCGCAAGCGGCAGCACGGCAACGGCCGGCAGCGCAGCAGGGAGCAGGAGGAUGUUCCGCCGCCGCUGCUGCCGCCAGCACCGCAGGAGGGCGACACGGCCGCGCAGCAGAUGAGUGCUGAGGAGGUGGCGGCCUGGGAGGCGGCAGCUCGCGUAGCAGAGGCGCAGGAUGUGGCUGGCGGCGCCGAGGCGGACAGCGAGCUGGCCGGCUACAACCCUGCUGCCUACGACUGGGACGCGUUUCUGGAGGAUGAGGGUGGUGGAGGAGGCGGCGGCGAUCAGCAGCACCUGGAGCAUGGGCAGGGAAACGGGCUGGCUGUGCGGGACGUGGCCCCUGAGCCCGUCACAGCCGGCGCCAAUGCCAAGGGGCACAGCAUCCUGGCCUUGCCUGAGGCAAAGCAGCUGUUCCUGCCGUCAGUGCCGUCUCCAAGCACUCCGCCUGAGGAGGGCAAAGACGCCUGCCUGCUGGCGGGCGGCAGCUGA